AUGAUAGUUCUUAGGAAAAUUGCUUCCAUUGGAACUUCAGAAACUCAAGGUACAACACACGUCGACUUGGGAUCGACCAUUUUGAAUACAGGUUUAGGAAAAAAACCCAUCCCAGAUAUCGAUGGAACUAAUACAUGGGUUUGGAUCCUUGUAAUAGGAGUAUUUCUGAUAAUAGUAUUCACACUAGUAUGUGUGCUUAUAUUCAUCUUCAGAAGAGGAAAUCAGAAGACUUUGAGCGAGGGGCACAAGGAAGAGGAGACAAUUCCCCUUAAAAUGGACAGAUCGGGAGAAAGAGGAAAUUGUAACAUGGAAAAAAUUCCACUCAUAGAAUAUGAAGAGGAAAUACAGGAAAGUGAAGGUAACCAAGAAAUGAAUGAUGAGUCUUUACUUUUGUCUGCAAAUACAAAAACCCUGGGCAAAGAAAAUAGUUUUGGAGAAAGAUCUACAUGUGAAACAAACAGAGAACAAUUUGGGGAAGAGCAAGGAGAAAAAACGUAUAUUCACCGUAAAUCCUUUUUAGAUUGUGUAGUGGAAAACCAGGACGAAAUACUAUGUUUAGAUGAGACCAGGAAAUCAGACUCUUCAAAGGAAGACAAUAGCAAAGAAGAAAACUCCCCAUUGGAUAAAGACGUUUCAGACAAGAUAAACAGUAAUUUAAAUCAUCAGGAGGAUAGUGAUAGAGACAUUUCAGUAAAGCUUGAUAGAGUUGGUAUAUAUCUUGAUGACUAUGAAAUAUGGAAAACAGAGAUUUCAGAAAAAUACAAGGAGUUGUCCAAUGAAGAACGUGCUGUUUUAUUUCUCAUUCUGUGCAGCAAUAAGAAUACCUUUAUCCUGGAAAAGACUGAAACAUUAACAAAAAGAGAAUUAGAAAUUAUUGGGGCACUAGACGUUUCAAAGAACAUAAGUUAUAGUAUUCAAACAUUGCGAUCAAAAGGAUUUAUAUCAAUAGAGAACGAAAAGGUGACAUUUGCCUCAGCUGGUGUUCAAGACGAGACAAUGUUUGAUUACUUAAACAUAUGUUGGAAGAGGAGCAAAGUUUGUGGUCAAGAAGAGACCAUGUUUAAAUACAUGUUUGAAGACAACAAUUGGGAAAUGUUAAGUCAAUAUGGUUGCUUUAUGAAUAGACAGUUACUAAAUGUGUCACUAGAGAGUUCGAUGAAAUAUUUCAGAUCGCGAAAUUACCGUAAAGGGAAAUUUGUUCGCUUUUUACCAAAAGACAGUAGAAAACGAACUUUAUACAAUUCGUUUGUUGGAAUAGAGAACACCUAUGAAGAGAUACUAACCAGAAUUAUUUCUGAGCUUGGAAAAGAUAUACUUAUUUGUGACAUCUUGGAUGAUAAAUCGUUGCAUUCAACUAUUUCAAGUCGGUUGAAAAUCCCUGAGGAAGUCUUGCAAUGGGAUUUAGAUGCCCGAAGUCGAUACUUAGAGUACUUGGAUAAGGGAAAAACACCAAUAUAUAGAGCACGGGCAAUGAUAGUUGGUUGUGCGGGUGCUGGAAAAACAACUUUAUUAGAAAGACUGCAAGGAAAAUCACUGGAAGACAUACAGAAAAUCAAGUCUACUGUGGGACUAGAUGUACACAAUGAUAUUUUUGAAGUACUGGAAAACGAAGGAAAACUAGAAGUUGCUGUGCGUAAAUGCGAGCCUGCAAUCCAUAUAAAAGAAAAUAUUCCGAUUGAUGAUGCAGAAAAGGUAGAAGAGAAAAGGCUUCUAAGUAUCCUGGAUUUUGGAGGACAGUGCAUGUAUUACGCCUGCCAUCAGAUCUACCUCAGCAAACGAGCAUUUUACAUUCUGGUAGUUGACAUGUCCAAGACCUUGGAAGAAGUCAUAGAUGAAGAACUCUGCGAUCAGAAGGACACAAUGUUCUCAAAAUGGAGCCACAAGGAUUAUCUUUUGUUUUGGUUGAAAUCUGUAAACUGUUACUGUGGAAGUAAGGCCCCUGUUAUUCUUGUAGCUACUCAUGCAGAAGAGAAAUCGGAGCAGGAAAAGACGGAAUAUUACCAAGAACUUAUCAAGACGUUCCCUGUGUCUUCGACGAUUAAAACACACUUGUCUAGCGAUAGAUACUUUACAUUAAGUCUCAAAAAGCAUGAUGGAGAAUGUAUUAAAAGUCUAUAUGAAUUAGGAAGAAGCAUUGUAGACGUAGUAAUAUCACAAAAACAGUGGGGAGAAGAUAUACCCCUGGAUUGGGCUAUAUUUGAAAAAUUCAUUUCAGAAAAAAAAGAGAAAAAACUUCAGAAUCUGGACAAAUUAAAGGAAUCAUUUGAUAAAUUGCUUCCUUUAAGCACACAGGAAUUCAAAGACUUAUUACGGUUUUAUCAUGAUAUUGGUGUGAUUCUAUAUUUUGCAAUAGAAGAACCAGUGAGAAAUAGUCCUGAAAUAGUUAUCCUGGAUAUUCAGUGGUUUGUCAAUUCAUUUAAAUAUGUAAUGACCGAUUCAAAACAAGCCAGUUUCAACAAAGUCAUAGAUGCAGCUCCCACUAGAGAGGCGCUUGAUACAUUUACAACAACAGGAGAGAUCUCAGGCACGUUCCUUAAAUCAAUCUGGACAGCUACAAAAAACCAAACUGCAGUGGAAUACAAGGAUGAUAUGAUGAAAUACAUGGAACGAUUGGGUCUCAUGGCCAUAGAAGAAAAAUCUGAUAUAUGUUUUAUUCCAAGCAUGAAUAGAAUGAAAGUUCCACCGCAUGUAAAAUCAAAGAUUUACUCACAUCCAAAUAAUUCACCGACUCUGUACAUCAGAUUCCCGGUUCUGCCUGUUUUUCUCUUCUAUAGACUGAUUGUACUUUGUCUGAAACAAGGGUGGAAACCAUUGAUGGACGGAAGGAAAUGUAUAUAUAUUGACACUGCUUUGUUUUAUCAUCAUGAACACGUUGUACUUUUAGGAGUAAGUGAGAGUUAUAUACAGUUGUUAUUGUAUAAUGACGAUCAGAAACACAUUGAAUCAAUACGGAUUGCCUUUAAUAAAGUUACAAGAGAAGUAAAGAAGAUGCUGUCUUCUAUGACAAAUACAUUUAACUGUGACCUUCAUUAUCAAGUUGGAUAUAGCUGUACACCUACAGAGUUUGGGAAAGAGCUAGACAACACUUUUAUUAUAGAGGAUGAUUUGCUUAAUUACUACGGGAAAAACUGCCCCCUCCACGCACUCGCAGAAGACCAUGGUGUUAGAGCUUUACGCAUGUUCACGUAUUCUAGUUCCUGACAUCUGAUGAAGAAUCUGAUGAAGAAUAUGAAUAGUGAAAAAUGAAUGCCGUGCAUUUCCGCUUGAAUUGAAAUCAAAUCACAAACCAGUCCUGUAAAAAUGCUUUAAUUAUAUCCCAUUAGUUUAAAUUAGAAUAAGAAGACGGUACAAUUUGAGCUUUAUUAUGCCCUAAAAAUUCAAUGUUCUUAAAAAGUUAUGAAAUUAGCUUUAACAAUAGUUGAGUAGAUGAAUAUGAUAAAUCAUUAAAGAAUAUGGCAUGAAGAAGAAUCUUUCUUAAAAUAUGACGUCAUUAAUUUGGUACAUUUUUAAGUUUAAUACAGAAAAGCUUCAAAAUCAGUUGUUUUUCUGCUAAUUUUCCUUUAGAAAAUAGUGUCUGCCACCGUCGCCCGCCCUAAUUUUUGGAAAUAUUGUGCAAAGAGCUAUGAAAAAUCACAUAUCUCAAAAUCUUUCCGGGCGACGGUGGCAGAGUACGUUUUCUGAAAGAAAAUUCCAUUGAAAAUUAAUGUUUUCUGCAACUUUUUAAGAAAGUACGGGAAAAUGCACAAGUUAAUGACGUCACAAUUAGUACUUAAGAGGUCAUAUGAGAAAAAUUAUUUGUGUAUUCUUACUGCAAAUAAUUCCUAUGAUUCAGAAAGAAUGAAUUUUAAUUUCUUAUAUCACUUUCAUAUUUUAGAGAAAUAUAGGGCUUCAUUUGUAUUGAAACUAUACCUUCUACUUAUACUUUUAUUGUAUAUUGUUUUGUUUAUUUGAAUAUUACUGUUUAGGCACACAUUAUUCUUUUGUUAGUCCUUAGUUUAGGGGAGAUGGCUACAAUAAUGACAUUAUUAUUGACCUGAAAACCCUGACAAGAAAAAAUGAGAAAAGUUCAAACUCCCGAACUGGAACAUCCUGUUUCGGAGGGAGGACGGAGGGAGAUGAUAAGGAAAUAACUUUCUUUACCGCCACAUUUUGUUAAUACCUGUCAGUAUCAAGUUACUUUGCUUUUAAAAAAUGGAUGA